ACUCAGCAGAGUAAAGCGUCGAAAGUUUCUCCCUCUACCUCCGUCCUCUUCCUCCUCCUCCUCGUUCCCAAUACGAUCAGAGCUGAAGAAGAGUCUGAAAAUGCAAUCUUUUUCCAUUUCUGACACAAUCUCACCAGAAAAAGUUGGUGUAGAUGAAGUUGGGUCUUGGGAUCAAGUGGGCUUCAAGGUCAGUAAUCAUGUUGUUCUGUGCUAGAAACCCUGAAUAAACCCUUUAAAAAAGGUUUGAUCUUGCAAUGGAACCAUUGUUCAACUCAUGGACAAACCAAGCAAGCAAGAUGAAAAGAUUAGAUUUUGAUAGAGAUGGGUUUGAUGGGUUAAACCCUCUUAAGAGGUCUAAAGAAAGUGAAGGGUCUUCUUCUAAUGGGACUAAAAAUUUGGUAUCAUUUUUUGAUUUUGAGAAGUACAGAUCCUCUGUCGUCCUCAGAAAGGAUGAGAUUUGGGCAAUUAGGGAUGAUUAUGGAAUGCCUCGUCGAUAUGUGCUAGUUGAGAGAGAUGGAGGUUUCAGCUCGGCUUCGGUUAGGUAUCUGAAGUACAAUAGAAAAGUUGCAUAUCAGAGGUAUAAGAGUUGUGGGAUUCUUCAUUCAUGUGGCAUAUUUGUGGUUGACACCGAUCCUGAGCCUCUCGAUCCCCCGUAUUUCUCGCAUAAGGUUGUUGGAUGGGGAAACAAAAAAAGACCUGAUAAAUUUACGAUAUAUCCGAAAAAGGGUGAGGUUUGGGCCAUCACAAAAUGCUCCAAGUCUGUGUUUGGAUUUGCUAGUCCUAGUUUGCUCAAAUAUCAGAUGGUAGAGGUUCUUGAAGACUAUCACUCUGAGCAUGGUGUGAAGGUUGUAUCAUUGGUUAAGGUUAAAGGAGGAUAUCGAAGCCUUUUUCACAGAUAUGCGUCUGAAGGAAGUAAGAGUUUUUUCUGCAUUGGUGCACAAGGCUCUUCAGUAGAUUGUUUCUCCCAUCAAGUACCAUAUUUUCGGUUUUCUGGAGAGAAGUCAGUUGGUGAUUUCUUGGAACUCGAUCCUACUUCAUUGCCACUUUGUGUUGAUGACCCUGAAGGUAGUCUUGUGGAUGAGAUCAAUGAUAAUUAUCUUUUCCUGGCUCUACUUGAUAAAAAGGUCAGUUACCGAUCGGGUGAAGGUUUUGUUUGGGCUGCAUAUGAUCAUCAAUGUAGAAUCCCGGUCAAGUAUGUUGCAGUUCGUUCUAAGAAUUCUCAUUCCAGGAUUAAGCAAGUGAUGCAUGAACUUACUCCUUGUUCUAUUUAUGGAAAUGAGAAGAAGUGGAAAGAAUCUGAAGCUUGCGGAAAUUUUAUGAUAAGACCCACAGAAACCGAUAAACACUAUAUCCUCUCACAUCGGGUUCGGUUUCCAUAUAAAGACUAUUGCAUGUUAGACAGUGAAUAUUGUAAAAUAUAUCCAGUAGAAGGAGAUGUUUGGGGAGUCUACAAAGCUCCAAAUAUAACAAGGUCUCAAAAUUUCGAAGGAGCACUUGAGUAUCAGAUUGUGGUCAUAGAGGGAAGAACGGAGAUAGCUAUAACGGUUGCAUUAUUGGUCAGAGUGGAGGGAUUCAGAGGCUUGUUCAGAAAGAAGAGUGGCCAUUCAAGUCAGAUGCAGAUUCCUAUCAAUGAAUGCUGCCGGUUCUCACACAAGAUACCAUCAUAUAGAUUUGAUGGUCGUAGGGUAGAAUUUCUGAAGGGAACUUUUGUAUUGGAUCCUUUACUAAUUCCAAAAAAGGACGGGGAAUGCUUUUCUUUUGAUGAUCCUUUUCUUCUGGAAAAAUCAAAAGCCUGUCCAUUCUGGUCAGCUAUCUUAUUUAUCGUCGAUAAACAGAGGAAUGGUAUUAGUCUAGAUGGCCGAGAUAAUAUCCAUCAGCAGUCCAGAAUUUGCAACAUAAACUGGACAAAAUAUCCAGACGUCGUGGUUGAUGAGGAUGAUGAGAAACCAAACAUCGGAGAGAUGUUACCAGCAGUAGUAAAUGGAAUUGAAGGUUUAAAUCCCGAAGGAGUUGAACAUAAUGUUACGCAGAAAUAUUUGAACAUUAAACUUCAUGAUUUUCAAGAUCCUAAACUGAAACAGGAGUUUGAAUUGGGUCAGAUAUGGGCUCUCCAUAGCGAAUUUGAUGGACUACCUCAUUCUUAUGCUCGUAUAAAUAAUUUUAUUUCACGAGAAAUGGUAGAGGUGACUUUACUAGAACCCCAUCCUAUGUCUGAAGAAGAGAUGCAGUGGAUUGGAAAAAGGUUUCCUGUGGCUUGUGGAACAUUUAAAACAUCUCAAUACACUUGUAUUAAAGACAUAACACUCUUUUCACACAGAAUCAUAUGUAAUGAAGUGAAAUCGAGAGAGAUACCAUUGUUUUGGUACAAAGUCGUAUCUGGUGAAGGGAAAAACCUUUUCUAUGAGGUUUUUCCGCAAAAAGGGGAGGUUUGGGCUAUUUACAAGCAUUGGAAUCCUCGGUGGACGAUCUCUGAUAUGAGAAAUAAUUGUCAAUACAAGCUGGUAGAAAUUGUGACUGAUUUUACAGAAGAAGCAGGUGUAACUGUCGAAGCCUUAGUUAGAGUAGAGGGUCAUGAAUAUAUUUUCAGAAGGCAGCAACAUGAAGAUUUUGGGUUGUAUAAGAUAUUUAAAAGAAAAGAAUUGCUUAGGUUUUCACAUUGUAUUCCAUCUGCGAAAAUGAUUGCACACAAAGAGUGUAGCAAUUAUGAAGGGCUGAUUAAGAUUAAGUUCAGUCAUACUGGAAUAUAAAUUAUCAAGGGCAGAGGUAAAACAAUUCAAGACCAUUCAAGAUAUGUGCAUCAUUUUUCUCUUCUCUUAUAUGGAAGUUUUUUCUUGCGCCAUUGCUAAUGCAUCACUGUAAGCAUGAUUACUAAUACCGUAGUUGUGAAAUAUUUAAAUCUGUAAAUUUUGCAUAUCAGCGGGUGAUCUAUAUAUCAUAUGUUAUGUUUC